GAAAUGCCCCGUCCUCCUCUCCUCGACGACCAGGCUGCCGCGCUCUUGCGGAGCGAGCGGCGAUCAGCUCGGGUCUCUGCAGUCUGCUCCUUUCCGCCCUUCCCUCCAAAGGCAAGCAGACUAGCGGGAACAAAUGUUUGUAUGUGACGAUGAUGCAGGCAACACAGGGUCCAAAACUGGUACUCAACCAUGGUUUUCCUUCUUGCGGACAUGUCUUGGAAUGUACUGAUCUCACCUGACCAGCUGAGCUCCAAGGGUCUCUUACUCCGCAAGUCUAUCCUCGUGCGUCUUCUGGAGGACAUAGCAAACAGGAAGGCCUCCAAGGAGCAUGGUUACUACAUUGCUGUCAAUGAGCUGAAGGAGAUAUCUGAAGGGAAAGUCCGUGAGCUGACCGGUGAUGUCCUUUUCCCGGUCACAUUCACCUGCAUCACACUGAAGCCUAUGAAGGGUGAGAUCUUGGUCGGCUCAGUGGAGAAGAUCCUCAAGCACGGUGUGUUCCUGAAAUCUGGACCAAUAGAAAACGUCUUUCUGUCAGAGAAGACAAUGAACGAUUACAAGUACAUAGGUGGCGAGAACCCAAUGUUCAUGAAGGACCACUCAAAGCUGGAGAAAGACACCGUUUUGCGGUUCAAGGCCAUGGGCUUCCGCUGGAUGGAGGCAGAUCGCCAGUUCCAGCUCCUCGCCACGCUAGCUGGUGAUUUUCUCGGGCCACUGUGAGCUGCUUCAUGAUGACUGAGAUAGCACAUGGUAGGUGUAACUCAUCACACUAGAUGCCAGUGGCAUUUGGCUCCAUGUUUUAACAUAUCAGUGUACUGUGUACUGUGUCGAGACAGCAGUUUAACAUAUCACUUUCUACUUGCCUGCAUGUGUUUGUUACAUUCCA